AUGCCCGAUCUUCAAAAUUUUGAAUUUCUUGGAUCUAUUCCGGAAGUUAUGUUGGAAAACGUUCUUGUGACCAAUGCUAUAACUAGGGCUUAUUGGAAAUCACCAUCAUCUGGUGUUCGUCCGGUCCCUGCUGAAUUGAGGAAGAUUAUUGACACUGGUAAAAUACCUAAACGUGGUGGUAAACGAAAACCAAAGGAACCAUUUUCUUGUUAUGUUCCACCUCUAAAUGAGGAUACUGAUAUAAUGUUUGCGGAUGAUCAAGAACCCAUUGACGACUUUGUCUUCCAACCCUUUACUGCCAAUAUCGAUAGUGAUGAUGAGGAAACCCCAAUGACUAAAGCCAUGAUGGAGCUGCUAAGGUCAACAAUUGCUAAGGACUUCAGGACUUCUUCCGAUAAGAAUGUUGCAGAUGCGAACAAGGUAAUUGAAGGUUUGCAGAUUUCUUUACAAGCCGAAAAAGAAGCUCUCUCUAGCCUCCGAUUUAGAAUUCAAUGUGACAAUGUUGAUCUUCAUACAUCCUUCUCCAAAAGAAUUUUCCGAUUACAAAAUUCUUUGGCUGCUGAGAAUAGAAUUAUGGAUGCAGUGGCUGAACAAACUCAGAAAACAACGUGCUACAAGAAAUAUUGA